AUUUCAGGUGACGAUAUGAAUACAAGAAGCGUUGCACAUCCCAAAGGCGUGAAAUUUUUAAUCAGCAACAACUUCGUAACCCCGGGUCAUCGCGUGCCCCGCUACUCGCUGAUCAAUUGGGGAAUUUGUGUGCCCAAUGCUUGCACCUAUCAAGAUGUGGAAUAUACUGUGCAGGACUAUUUGAAUAAUAUGACCAGCUCCACGGGCAUUUCGUUUCAAGUGCGCGUUGAGCCGAAAUUGUGUCAGGUGCGCGACAAUAAGACGUGGGAUCGUAACACAACAUGGGCCGUCCGCUUUUUUCUCAUUAUUCUUUCCGUGUCCGUGCUAUCCACUAUCUAUGAACGCUGUACUAAACCUGGCCAAAAACCAAAUGAAUGGUGUACUGCCUUUUCGCUGGAUAAAAAUCUUCGUUGGCUCUUCAGCACAAACUACUCUCCCAACGAUAUUGAAGCGGUGCAUGGCAUACGAUUUUUGAAUGCAGUUAUGUUGCUCUUCUCUCAUAAAUCAAUGGCUAUGUUUUUCAAUCCUUACAAUAAUAGAACUGAAAUGUCUGAGAGUUUGGGUCGCCCUUGGACAGUUAUUGGACGCGCCGCAUCGCUUUAUACCGACCCAUUUCUACUUUUUAGUGGCAUGCUUACUGCUUACUCACUUUUCGGUCGCCUGUUCAAAGGCCAGCCGAUACGUCUGCGAAAUGAAUAUAUUAGCCGAUUAAUGCGUAUCGUACCUCCACUAGCCGCUCUCAUACUCUUCUGUACUUUUGUGCUACCCUUGUGGGGAUCGGGGCCACAAUGGAACUUAGUGGUUGGGCAUCAUGCAGAUAUUUGUAAACGCAACUGGUGGCGCAAUUUACUUUUCAUACACAACUACUUCGGAUUCAAUGAAAUGUGUCUUACACAUACACAUCAUCUAGGCAUUGACACUGAACUCUUCGCAGUGGCGCCAAUAAUGAUACUAGGUCUAUGGAAAUGGCCACGAAAAGGACUAUUCACCCUUCUGCUACUUGGAGUUAUUGGUACCGCCGCCCGCUACUACACAACCAUCAUAAACCAAUUGUCAAACUACAUCUAUUUCGGAACAAAUAUUCAACGCCUCUUCCGCACUGCCGACUAUAUGUACUCCUUCCCACCCCAUCGUUCCACAGUCUAUAUAAUGGGCAUUUUGCUUGGUUACUGCUUACGCAAAUACCCUGGCAUAAAGUUGUCAAGAACUCAACUUCGCUUCGGUUGGGUGGUGGCCACAGCCUGUGUGCUUACUUCGCUUUUGGGACCCGCGCCAAUGGGUGACAUCAACUAUCAGUACAACUCAACACACGCGGCCAUAUAUGCAGCAUUUGCACCAAUUGCUUGGUGCAUGUUCUUCUCAUGGAUUGUUUUUGUUUCACACAAUGGCUACAAAAAUAAGUUCACAGAUAUGCUUUCGUGGAAAGGUUUCCAAGUGUCUACCAAGUUGUCAUAUGCAAUUUAUCUUACACAGUUCCCCGUGUUCUUCUUCAAUGUGGGUCGCCGGCGACAUAUUCACCACUAUUACAACUUCGUCUCCAUCAUUCUGGAUACCAAUGAAUACAUCUCCAUAUUCCUCGCCUCGGUUGCCCUUACAAUAUUUUUCGAUGCACCAUUCCAAAAUAUCAAAAAACUAUUAUUCAACCGUGCUCGUGCUCCGAGCAAGAAGCACCUGAAUGUAACUUUGAGAGUAUCAGCAGGAAACCUUUCUGAUUCCGAAUCGACACUAUCAUCAGAGCCGUCUACUUCAUCAGUGACAAACACAACAUCGUCGACAGCACCACCCCUAACAAAUAGUUCGACAUUGAAUGGGAAAGUCAUACAUGCUCACAUCGAUUAAUGAUUCGUAUUAAGUUUAACUUAAAUGUCAUUGUUUUAGCUUAAAGUGUAUAAUUACAUAAGUCAUUAUUUAAUAAUUAGCGAGAGUUUUAGGCCAUAAGUUUGUGAUGCGUACUUCUAACUAUCUACAUACCUGUAUAUAACAAAUAUAUUUUAAGAAGGAUA